AUGCUCAAAAUUAAUUCAAUCAUUGCAUGUCAUCCUUAUUCCAAAAUAGAACGAAUAAGACAUAAUUGUGAAAUGAGAAAAUCGGUCAAUAUUCGCAUACAAGCAAGAAAGUAUGAUCUGAAUUGGUUACAACAACAAGAAGUAUCCAUUGAUCAAAAUAAAUAUUCAAGUGAUAAAAAUGUAUUUACAUUGAAUGUAUUUGGAAUUGCAAUUCUACAGUUUACAAUUACUUUUGGCGGGACAAAUUUAUUCAUUCUAAUCCAUUGGAUUAGUGAAUGGGUUCAACAAAACAAAAUGAUUCAUUGGUUUUCCAGUCUUUAUUGUUGUUUACAGCAUUAUAUACAUAGUUCUUCUAUUAAUAUGGGUAUUCGUCCCAGUAUUAACACGAAAAUAUCCUUACAAUAUAUUGUAUCUAUUAUUGAUGCUAUUCUACAAUAUGACAUUAGUCGACAUUAUGUCAUCAAUAUGAUUGUUACAUUAAUUAGUGAUAUCCUAUUACUCAUUGGACAAAUUUGUUACAUCAUACUGAGCGAUUAUGCAAUUAUACUUGUUGUUGCCGGUGUCAUUACACUUCCAUUUGCAAGUUUUAAAUUAUUAUUUGAAAUGAAAAAAAUUUUCAGAACUGGUAAAUUUGGUUAUAAGAGAGAAGAUUUGGUUUUAGCAUCUGGAAUUCUUUACAAUUCUUGGUGGAGUUUAUUUCUCACAGUUUUAUGGACAUCUUCAAUGACAGGUUUAAAUCAGACGAAAUUAAUAGACAUCACUACUAUUCCUACUUCAUGA